AACAUUUUAUCAUCGCAAUUCGAAAUAAAGUGACCAAAUUCGGCAAAAAUGUUGUCUAAAAUCACAUUUUUGCUACUUUCGACUCUAAUUGUCGUUCAAAGUUACAAAUUAAAAGAAGUACGAAAGCCGAAAAUUACUGAAAACCGACUUGCUGAGCUUCGUUCAUCACUUUUAUACCCAUUUAACGACACAGGAAGCUCCAAUGGGCUCGGAGAUUAUCAAAAAGAUUUGCACAGCUCGACGUCACAAAUUAAUAAAAACCUAAAUUUCACAUUUCCCUUCUUUGGAAUCUCCUAUAAUUACAUCCGAGUGUCGAUGAAUGGAUUUUUAGAGUUUUCAGAUCCUCCGCCGCAUUAUACGUAUCCAUUAGUGUUUCCGAUCAAAGAAUGGCCUGCAAAAAAUGAUCCUGCUUUUAUUGGAAUUUUUCAUUCAAAAUGUCGAAUUGGAGAUGUUAGCUUACGGGAUAAGGAUAAAAGGAUGCCGGGAGUGUAUUUUAGCGUUUUUAACGAUUUGGAUAAGAGUUUCGAUACAAAAGAAAUUGAAUUAAGAGAACGUUUAUUGGCGGAUUUGCACGAAGGAAUAAUUGGAGCGACGGAUUUUCAACCAAAACAUGCGAUAAUUGUUACUUGGAAGAAUAUGUCUUUUGCUGGAGGACUCGAUAAUACUCUGAGAAGGACAAACACUUUUCAAGCUGUUUUAACAACCGAUGAAGACAGAACUUACGUAAUUUUCAAUUAUGCUGACAUAAAUUGGUCAACUCACACCGAAGCAGGAGGAGAUACGGUUAAAGGAGAAGGCGGAACACAAGCUUUCGUUGGAUUUAAUGCCGGAAAUGGCUCUCGUUCGUUCGAAUAUACGCCAUUUAGUCAAUCUGAGCGUAUUUUUGAUCUCACACAACGAGGAUUUGGGAAUAAUUUCAAAGGAAGACACAUUUUUCGAGUAGAUGAGGAGAUCCUUCAAGGCGCUUGUAACGAGAAUGAUGCUUCUGAUCCUCCUUUGUACAUCGCUCCAACGUCAGGAAAUAUGUUAGGAGGAACAAUUGUUAACGUCACAGGUCCAUGUUUUGAUGAAAAAAUCACUUCCGUUCGUUGUAUUUUUGGUUCGUACGAAGUUACAGGAGUGAUUGUUGAUAAAAAUCGCGCAAUUUGUGUUCAACCAUUUCUCAAGAGACAAGGAUACAUUGAUCUGAAUGUUCGAGUGAACAAUGACGAUCGAAAAACUUGGCAUGGAAAGUAUUUUGUUGAACCUCCAAACAGUGUUGAAGCCGAAAUUUGGUUUAAAACGACAGAUGUUUACAGCAAAACUCUCAUUAGUCUCCCCAUUGGAUGGAAAAAAGAGAAAUUAAGUCGUAAUGAUAAAGAAUCUGUACAAAUUUUGCUUUUUGGAUAUCGUGAAGUGACGCAUGAAAUAGUUCAAAUAGAAAAACUUACGACAACAUUGAAUUCUGGAGAGCACGUAUUCAACUCGCAAGACUUCAAAAACAAUCAAAAUGAUGACUUUUUGGAUAUAGAAGUUGGAAUUAUUGCAAUUAAUUUAACUUUCCCGCCAAAAAUUAAUGGAAUUUCCAUUUCAAAUACAUUAUGGUCUCAUCCAAUCCCGUUAGCUUGGUAUUUUGGCUCGCAAUGGCGUUCAAAGUACGGAAACUUAUGGCCUGAAGCUCUUUGUGACAAUUGGAUUGAACGAGAAAUGAAAAUGAAAGAUUUCGCCAACACAAUUCCUGUUUGUCCUUGCACUUUGGAUCACAUUUUGAACGAUAAAGGACGAUUCCUGCCUGAUUUAUCGACAAACAUGUCGGAAAAUUGUUUCAAAAGUGCAUUUUUGAGUUCUUCAAAUGCAGAACAGCAAUGUUGUUACGACGAAGAAAAAUUUCUCAUGCUCUCUAAUGACAAAAUUGACGCUUCUCGUCCAAAACGAAGACAUAAUAACGCAUUUGUUCCUUCAUUAUCGCAAUUUUAUCAUGACGAAGCCCCAUUUUACGCUUGUUGCUUAUGGCAAACUGAAUAUUCGAGGUCUUGUGAGCAAUUUCGCAUGGAAAUGCGUAUCAGUCAAGAUUGUGUCGGGUAUCAAUCUCCUGCAAUAGCUUCUGUUUUCGGAGAUCCUCAUUUCAUAACGUUCGAUGGACUUGAAUACACCUUCAAUGGUAUUGGAGAAUUUGUGUUGGUAAGGAGUAAAUAUGUCGAUGUGCAAGGAAGAUUCGAACAAAUGCCUCGAGGAGUGAUGGGAGAUGUAAAAUCAUCAUUUUUGAGCUCGAUUGUUGUUAAAGGAAACAAUUCGUUGGUAAUUGAGAUUCGUUUGAGACCAAAAAGUUCGUUGAAAUACCGUUUGGAUGUCUUUUUGAAUGGAAAACGAACAUUUUUCGACAAUCACGGGAUGAAACAACAAUUUUUCAAAGGAAUUGUCGUUUAUACUCCUUUAGAAAUUACAAAUCAAAGCAAAAUUAUUGUCAUGAUGGAUUCCGGAAUAGGGCUUGAAGUUCAAGAAAAUCACGGAAUGAUGUCAGCUCGGGUUUUUGCUCCAUGGAAUUUCAUUAACUCAACUUUUGGGCUUUUUGGAACAUUCAACUUUGAUCCUGAUGAUGACCUUACUUUACCAAAUUCGAAAAUCUUGAAUGUCAAUACAAACAACUUCGCCAUCGUUCAUCGAGAAUUCGGAUUAAAAUGGCUCUUAAGCGAUAAAUUUCAAGAAGGAAUCGGAAAAAGCUUAUUUUUGCGAGAAUAUGGAAGAACGUCAGAUUUUUACACAAAUGAUCUUUUUCGACCAAAUUUUAUUAAAGAACCAAGUGAAUUUUUACCUUCAAAUAUGUCGGAACACGUAAAAAUUGCUGCUAAAAUUUGUGAUGAAAGUUAUCAAUGUCGAUAUGACUAUGGAAUGACAUUUGAUGAAAAAGUUGCGAAUAACACAAAAAUUUGGUAUGAAAAAACGUUGAAAAGUAAAGAAAUUAAUGGAAAACGUGUAAUUUCUUGUGGCAUUCUUGAUACUCCUCGAUAUGGCUUUAAAUCGAAUUUUUCCUUUGUAAACGGAACAAAAGUUGAAUUUUCGUGUCACGAAGGUUUUAUUAUUUCGGGAGAUCCAACAAGAACGUGUAAUGAUGAAGGAAGAUGGACAGAAGAAAUUUAUGGAUUUACAACUUGCAUUCGACUCGAAGAACAAAUUGCUCGUACAACAGGCAUCUCUCUCGCCAUCAUACUUUUUAUCAUCGUACCAUUAUCGUUACUUGCAAUAAUCUUUCUGAAACAACAUUUUAAAGCACUUCAAGAGAAACAAGAAAUAUUAGAAGAAGAAAAUCGAUGGAAAGAAAUUGAAUCAUUGCGAUUAAAACAAAGGGAAUUGAUCGAAUCAGCAAGUAAAGAACAAGAAAUUGAAUUAAAAGACAUAGAAACGGAAGAAAAAAUUAAAGAUGAAGAAAAAAAAUUAAUCGAAACACCAUUGUGAUACAAAAUUGUCAGGCAAAAAUUUAAA